CUAGGUUUUAGAGGCAGAAAACAGGGGAAAAAAAAAUUCUGAACUAAUGGACUGCAGACACAGUACAGGGGAUGACCAGAGACUGCAGACACAGUACAGGAGAUGACCAGAGACUGCGGACACAGUACAGGAGAUGAUCAGAGACUGCGGACACAGUACAGGGAUGACCAGAGACUGCAGACACAGUACAGGAGAUGACCAGAGACUGCAGACACAGUACAGGGAUGACCAGAGACUGCGGACACAGUACAGGGAUGACCAGAGACUAGUUUUUGAUCUUACCUGUUCCUCGAUCCAGCCGCGCGCUGUCUUCCCGGCUUCUGUAAUGGCGCUCGGCAUGACAGCAGGGUGCCCAGUGCGCAUGAGCGAG